AUGUCCAAGAAAUGCCUCAAGUGUACAAAUGAUAAUCCGGAAAGUUUACCUUUAGUUUUUGACGUAUUACAAGCAAUUGUUUUUACUCGAUCAUAUGAUCGAUUAUGCUUCAUAAUUAAUAUAUAUCGUGAAGCUUUUACAAAACAAAAAACUGAUCAUGAUAUAAAUGAUAUUGUUUAUAAUCGAAAUUAUGAAAUCUUAUGGGAUUCCAAUUCUUAUCCAUUUCUUAGUAUUCUUCUUCACUUGGAUGGAAUUAAUUUAGGAAAAUCGAAUAUACAAUGUUUACGAAUUUUGAGUGGUUCUGUCGUCGAGCUUCCACCUGCUAUACGAAUUCGGCGACAAAAUAAUCUAAUUUUAUCUUUAUGGAUUGGAAAUGAACAAUCAAAUAUUGAACUAUGGUUAUAUCGAUGUUUUCAUCAAUUACUAAAUCUAAAAUAUGAAGGUAAGAGUGCUAUUUAA